CAGCUCUUGUUCAACCCAACACCACCUCCUCCUCCUCCAUUGAUUCAGACUUCAAAUUUCCCCACAAGCAGCUCGUCAGCUUCCACAGUGAUCAGAUUAAUAACAACAAUAGCCUGUGAACACACAGGAGGAGAUAACCGGCGCUGCUCGUCCUCCGCGGGAUACUUGGAUAGCUACAGCAACAGGAUCCAUCUCUGCACCUCUCUUUUUUUUUUUUUUUUUUUUUCUUCUUCUUCUUCUUCUUCUUUUUUUUUCUUCACGUCCGAUCAGCACAUGUGUUUUCUUCUUUGAGAACACCCGGUGUUUUUGUGUAACUACUUGGAUACCUGCGCGCUGUCCUUCAUAAAUGUCGGACUGAACAUAACUGCUAUGACAGGGAAACUAGCGGACAAGAUCCCUCUUACCAUGAGCAGUUUAAUAAACACGAUCCCUGACAGUCUCUACCCAGAAGAGGACAUCCCGACGUCUAUGAAUAUUUUCACCAGUACGGAAUCUAUUAACCACUACUCACAAAUGAAUGCAGAUAACAUCAUGGAUCUGGGCAUGGGGAGUGAGAAGGCGACCUCAGAGAUUCAGUAUGGAUCCAGCUUCCAGUCCAACCGUAGUGGGCAGACGGUCACCUAUCUGGGGAAGUUCGCCUUUGACACUCCUCCUUCAGGCGGCAUUGGGGGUUCUGGUUGGUGCCCUGACAACAAUAUCAUCAGUCUUGUCAGUGCAGGGAUCUUAGGCGUUUCUCCAUCCCCCGGAACAGUAACAUCUCAGACAUCAUCCUCCGCAGCCACUAUGGGCGGACAGACGUCAGAUAUGGAGCAGGUAUAUGGUCCACCACUGCCUGCCUAUUCCACCUGCAGUGACCUGUACCAAGAUCAGGUCUCCUUCCACCACAGCCCUGCAACCAGCACAACUCUAGCCUACCCUGGCAAUGACUAUCACUCCACAUCCAAAGCUAAUAUGGAUGGCAGCCUUUUCUCAAUGAUCCCUGACUACAACCUUUUUCAUCAUCAAGGGGAAGUUGGCGUUAUGGAGCACAAGCCCUUCCAGACCAUGGACCCUAUCAGAGUCAAUCCUCCACCUAUAACACCACUGGAGACCAUAAGAGCAUUCAAAGACAAGCAACAAAUCCACCCAGGUUUCAUCGGCGGACAGCAGCACCCACCUCAGCACCACCCCCCACCUCAGACUCUCACCCUCAAACCCAUCCGUCCUCGGAAGUACCCCAACCGACCCAGCAAAACCCCAGUCCAUGAACGGCCGCAUGCCUGUCCAGCAGAGAACUGUGACAGACGCUUCUCCCGCUCAGACGAGCUCACACGUCACCUUCGGAUCCACACAGGUCACAAACCCUUCCAGUGCCGAAUAUGCAUGCGCUCCUUCAGCCGGAGUGACCAUCUGACCACCCACAUUCGCACACACACAGGUGAGAAACCCUUCUCCUGUGAGUUCUGUGGACGCAAGUUUGCCAGAAGUGACGAGCGUAAGAGACAUGCAAAGGUUCACCUGAAACAGAAAGACAAGAAGCAAGCUGAAAAGAGCAGUGGGGCGGCUGGGAGCCACAGCUCGCCACCCAGCUCCUGUGGGGGGCCAACAGUGGGAACAUCAUGACCGUCACUACGUGAACUUGGACUAGACCCUCGGCACACACCAUAAAGAGACUUAGGAAGAAUCCACUAUCAGAUAAAUAGGUGACUCUUUUCUUCUCUCAUUUCAGUUCCUUCUAUUUUGAGAUGGAUGCCUUUAGUUUAAGUAAGAGUGGAAAGGCAGCUUUCCUUUUUUUCCAAGCAAUUUAGAGCCUCAGUUACUGUAACACAGUGUCAAUACAAAGAAGGGCACUCAAGCACAUUCUGUCAAAAAAAGGCCACUGUGUUUCUAUAGGUUUUGAGGUGGAUACACUUAUGUACAUUUUACAAAAAAAAUCUUUAUUGGAAAGAAGCCAGACUCCAUGAUAGGGGUGGAUUAACAUAUUAUUAUAAUAAAGCUCAGUUAAAGGGUUAGCUGUCUGAGAUGUAUGCAUUAAUUUUAUUAGGCUGUUUAAAAGUGCAAUUGGUUAUAGUUGUGUACCGUCAUGAAUACCUUAAUAGUGGCACUUGACUGUCUGAUUUUGUUGUUUUUGUUGAGGUGUCUAUUUUUUUUUUUUUUUUUUUUUUUUUUUUUUUAAUGUUGUUUUCUCAUGAGAAUGUGCCAAAUGUAUUGUGGUGAUGCAGCCAACCUUGGUCUUAUAUUUGUGCCUGAUAUUUGCCAAACCCAACAGUACAGUUGUAUCAGCUUAGCAUAGUUCUUGAGUUAACAGAAAGAUCACAUUAAUUUACUAAAUAGCACAAUUUGGUUAAACAUGUAGUCACUGACGAGGUAACAAAAAGCAAAACGAUGUCUUGUCCUGGUACGUGUACAAACACGCCUGCAGCAACCGAUGCCUUUGCCAAUACUUAUUUAUUUGUAGUCACUGAGAGAUACUGUGUUUUUGUUGCUUUCUUUUAUAUGGUGCUUUAUGUUGUGUUACCAGCUAUAGUUUUUGCAGUUUUUUUUUAAACAAGGUCACUUAUAUUGUUCAUUUCUUUCAGUUUAUAUUAGUUUUGCAAUUUUAUGGAAUAUUGUCAUGACAUACGCCACCAACAUGUAAAUCAAAUUAACGAAGAGCACAGUUAGACAGACUGAACUGCUUAAAGAACAAUGGGUUGAAAAAAACAGCAGCUAAGUUGAAAUGAGAUAAAGAUGAAUGAGGCCCUUUGUUUAUGCUUUUCAGUGUAAAAAACUUAAACUACCUGGUUUAAUAAACCAAAAGAAGAGCAGUAAAUGGUAAGAAAUAAUUGAGAAAAAAAAACCUCUAAAUCCAUGUUUACAUUUUUUUUCUAACACAGAGAUACUGAGCUGUAAACUACUGUAAGGUGUUUUUUUUGUUGUUUGUUUGUUUGCUUUUUUUGUACAGUAGACAAAUAUGUACGCAGGUAGCUGCAGUAGACGUUUCACUUUUGUACUCAAAUGUCAAAUGCACCAUAAUUCAGUAUUAAAUUGUGCAUAUAUGUGCAUUUCUCUAUGCACACUAUGUAAAUACAAAAGUCUGCUUAAACAAAGUUUCAAUUGACUGAGUGCUUUUGCAGGAUGUGUCUCAAAGCUUUUAAUAAUGUAGUUAUGAUACAAAAAAAUUUGUUGUCAUAAGUCAUUGCAAAGAUUUUUGGAGCUCUGCAGCAGUGCCAACUGAGGUGUUCAAUCUCCCACUAUGGGGGAAAA